AUGUGGUGGCCGACCGCCUCAGACAAUGUAUCCCAGGACAACACUGUCGGCGUAUGGGUCCUCAGUACGGUCUUCGCAGCCAUGUUCUACGGCCUCACGUUUAUGCAGAAUCUGCAAUACUUCGAUCGCUUCCGUCGGGACAGCAUGGCAAUGAAGCUCCUCAUCGUGGUGCUAUGGCUCUUCGACACGACCACGAUGGCCCUUUCGAUGCAAGCGGUGUACAUGUUUGCUGUCGCGCGCCGCAACCUCCCGUUCGCGGCAAUCGAGGUCCCAGGGAGCGUUGAGGCAGAAACUGCGUUCUCCUACGCAGUGGUGUUCAUCGUUCAGAUGUCGGUCUCCAUCUUCCUGGGAAGACAAUACUGGUACCUCCCGGUGUCCAUUGGAGUUAUUGCGGUCAUUGCUCUCGUCACCGGCCUUGCCGCGGCAGCACAAGCCUCGGCCUUCGGGGUCGCGAACCCCUUACAUCCGGCUUCCAUCGAUGGACUGUUUGCAGCCGCUGCGAGUCUCCAAAUAGUCACAGAUGUUAUGAUCAACGCCGCUCUCUAUUGGCUUUGCUCGAAAUGCAAGCAUGAGCCAAUUAGCAGGGGUACCAUUCGCGAUGCAUGUGUGAACCUUAUUAACAGAGGGGUGUUAUCCACUCUGCUACAGUUUCUCACCACAAUCACGUACUUUGCCUCGCGUCCCAAAAUGGUCUGGGUAUCUUUCCACAUGGCGAGCAGCAAAGUACAUGCUAUGUCCAUGCUGUCCACCCUGAACAGCCGCGACAUCGUAGACGGUCUGGCGCGUGAUGUUGAGGUUGCAGACGCCCAACUCAGGUACCGGAUUGAGCUUGAGUUGAAAGCUUGCAACCUCCCCGAGCGCCCGCCGAUGAUUCCUAGCAUACACCAGCUGCGCAGCCAAAGUUCGUGGUUCGCAAACGCGCACACGCACAACGCCCCGAAGAGCUCCGAGUGCGACACCGACGACGCGAAGUCCACCGCAGGCAUGACGACCAUCUCUGGCAGCGACCUCGGUACCGUCCGUGCUCCUGCAUCGGCAACUACUUCUGUCUCGGCGCUCUCGCGGGGCCCGAGCGUGCACGCGCGGUCGACUACCGCUGUGGAAGACUCCGUCACUGCAGGGACCAGCACCCCCGUAUGAUCUUUCACGCGAGUGAAUCGCUCCUCACAGUGCCAUAUCCGCAUACCUCUUGGCUCUUUG